UUUCUACACAGGCAUCUCCGUGGCCACCUGGCAGGGGCUGCGUCGCCUGGCAACGGCGGGGUCCUUCCUGGCUCCGCGGCGCUUCGGGGCCUGAGGGGAGAAAACCGCCGCGCAGGGCGCUGGGGGCGGCGGCCGAGGUGCAGAAGGCGGCCGCGGGACAGCGACGCGGGCUCAGCGCGCCCGGGGAGCCCGCUUCUGCACCUGAGGGAACAUGAACGCGGCGGACGAGGCCCGGGUGGGGCCCGCGACUGACGGGCCUGCACCUCCGGGGGCGGGGGGGGAGGAGGAGGGCGAGGGGGGCGGGAAAGAGCCGGCGUUGAACGCGGCUCCCGGGCCCAGCGCUGCGUUCCGCCUCAUGGUGACUCGGCGGGAGCCGGCCGUGAAGCUGCAAUAUGCCGUAAGCGGCCUGGAGCCGCUGGCCUGGUCGGAGGACCACCGCGUGUCGGUGUCCACGGCCCGCAGCAUCGCGGUGCUGGAGCUCAUCUGCGACGUGCACAAUCCGGGCCAGGACCUGGUGAUCCACCGCACCUCGGUGCCCGCCCCUCUCAACAGCUGCCUCCUCAAAGUUGGCUCAAAAACAGAAGUUGCAGAGUGCAAGGAGAAAUUUGCCAACUCUAAAGACCCCACCAUCAGCCAAACUUUCAUGUUGGACAGAGUGUUCAACCCCGAGGGGAAGGCCUUGCCUCCCAUGCGUGGGUUCAAAUACACCAGCUGGUCUCCCAUGGGCUGUGAUGUGAAUGGCAGGUGCCUCUUGGCAGCACUGACCAUGGACAAUCGCCUGACUGUCCAGGUGAACCUCAACAGACUCCAGUGGGUCCAGCUGGUUGAUCUGACUGAGAUUUACGGAGAACGUCUUUAUGAGACUAGUUACAGGUUCUCUAAAAACGAAGCACCAGAGGGAAACCUCGGGGAUUUUGCUGAGUUUCAGAGGAGGCACAGCAUGCAGACCCCAGUCAGAAUGGAGUGGUCAGGCGUCUGCACCACUCAGCAGGUCAAGCACAACAAUGAGUGCCGAGAUGUUGGCAGUGUGCUCCUGGCUGUCCUCUUUGAGAAUGGCAAUAUUGCUGUAUGGCAGUUUCAGCUGCCAUUUGUGGGAAAAGAAUCCAUCUCUUCUUGCAACACAAUUGAGUCAGGAAUCAGCUCUCCUAGUGUUUUAUUUUGGUGGGAAUACGAGCACAAUAAUCGGAAAAUGAGCGGCCUUAUUGUUGGGAGUGCUUUUGGACCCGUAAAAAUUCUCCCUGUCAAUCUUAAAGCAGUCAAAGGCUAUUUCACUUUAAGGCAGCCUGUUGUCUUGUGGAAAGAAAUGGACCAGUUGCCUGUGCACAGCAUCAAAUGUGUUCCUCUUUAUCAUCCCUACCAAAAGUGUAGCUGUAGCUUAGUGGUGGCUGCAAGAGGCUCCUAUGUAUUUUGGUGUCUUCUUCUGAUCUCCAAAGCAGGUCUGAAUGUCCACAAUUCCCACGUCACAGGCCUUCACUCACUGCCCAUCGUCUCUAUGACCGCAGACAAGCAGAAUGGAACAGUGUAUACUUGUUCCAGUGAUGGGAAGGUGAGGCAGUUGAUUCCCAUUUUCACAGAUGUUGCAUUAAAGUUUGAACACCAGCUGAUUAAACUCUCAGAUGUCUUUGGCUCAGUGAGGACUCAUGGGAUAGCAGUGAGCCCCUGUGGCGCAUAUCUGGCCAUCAUUACGACUGAGGGCAUGGUCAAUGGCCUCCAUCCUGUUAACAAAAACUACCAGGUCCAGUUUGUUACUCUCAAAACCUUUGAAGAGGCGGCUGCUCAGCUGCUGGAAUCUUCAGUUCAAAACCUCUUUAAGCAGGUAGAUUUAAUAGACCUAGUACGCUGGAAGAUUUUAAAAGAUAAACAUAUCCCUCAAUUUUUACAUGAAGCUUUGGAAAAAAAGAUUGAAAGCAGUGGGGUCACCUAUUUUUGGCGUUUUAAGCUUUUCCUCCUGAGAAUUUUGUAUCAGUCAAUGCAGAAAACCCCUUCAGAAGCCUUAUGGAAACCCGCCCAGGAGGACUCAAAAAUCUUGCUGGUUGACUCACCUGGGAUGGGGAAUGCUGAGGAUGAGCAGCAUGAAGAAGGCACUUCUUCCAAGCAAGUGACUAAGGUAGGCCUGCAGGAGAGGAACAAAGAGGGUGAUGCAGAGGAGCCCCCUGAUGACUUGCUCCCUCCCGUGGGAGAUGCCAGCCAUGAGCCUAUAGAAGAGAAACUUCUUGAGAUCCAAGGGAAAAUUGAGGCUGUGGAGAUGCACCUGACCAGAGAGCACAUGAAGCGAGUCUUAGGAGAAGUGUACUUACACACCUGGAUCACAGAAAACACCAGCAUCCCCACCAGGGGACUCUGUAACUUUUUGAUGUCAGAUGAAGAGUACGAUGACAGAACGGCACGGGUGCUGAUUGGACAUAUCUCAAAGAAGAUGAACAAGCAGACCUUCCCUGAGCACUGCAGUCUGUGUAAGGAGAUCUUGCCAUUCACAGAUCGAAAACAGGCUGUCUGUUCCAAUGGACACAUUUGGCUCCGGUGCUUUUUAACCUACCAGUCCUGCCAGAGCUUGAUAUACAGAAGGUGUUUGCUCCAUGACAGUAUUGCCAGGCACCCAGCUCCAGAAGAUCCGGACUGGAUUAAAAGGUUACUGCAAAGCCCCUGCCCCUUCUGUGAUUCUCCUGUCUUCUGAAUGUCAGUGGUGGAGGAUAGAAGGGCAUGAACUCUGCUGUAGAGAGCACCGUGGAACCUGAGGAGCAGGUGCGCUGGAGGAAUCCUGGCCCUUGCCAGUGGAGAGGUGCUCUUCAAGACUGUAAAGAGGACACGCCUCCCCGGGGUCUCAUUUCCUAAGUGCAUGUGCCGUUUCCAGGGACUACAGAAUAUCUUAAAAUGGCUGAAUACAGAGAAUUUGAGUCAUUUUGAGAUGGACAUCAGCCCCCAACUCCUUACCUGACAAGGAACACUUAUUUUUCAAGUGUCUUGACUGAAGCAGUUUGAACAAAAAGACUGUUGUCCUUGUUUCUAGGAACCUAAUGGUCUCUCCUAGAGAGACUAUAUUAAGGACCUUGCUGGGCUGAGUUAGGUUUUAAUCCUUGCUUGGUCUGGGACUGCCUUGUGGCUCCAGAGAACUUAAGUUGACUGGCUGAUACCUGGCAUUCUGUAUACCAACACAUAUUAAAAGUGU